GGUGCUUUCUGCGCGUCCCCAGGACUUUGCCAUGGGCUGGGGGCCGCGGAGACUGAGAGCGGCCGGGCGAGGGCAGCGGCGGCGGCGCCCGCAGCGGGGCUGAGCGAGCAGCGACGCGCGGGACACGCGGAGAUGGCAGCGUCCAGCAACUCCAGCCUGUCCGGCUCCUCCGUCUCCUCCGAUGCUGAAGAAUACCAGCCUCCAAUAUGGAAAUCAUACUUGUAUCAGUUACAGCAAGAGGCACCUCGUCCCAAGAGGAUCAUUUGUCCUCGGGAGGUGGAAAACAGACCAAAAUAUUAUGGAAGAGAGUUCCACGGGAUCAUCUCUCGGGAGAAGGCUGACGAGCUUCUCGGAGGCGUGGAGGGUGCAUACAUUCUUAGAGAAAGCCAGCGGCAGCCAGGAUGUUACACCUUAGCUCUGCGGUUUGGGAACCAGACCCUAAACUACAGGCUCUUCUACGAUGGGAAACACUUUGUGGGAGAGAAGAGGUUUGAAUCAAUUCAUGAUCUGGUAACAGAUGGCUUGAUAACACUGUACAUAGAAACAAAGGCUUCUGAAUACAUUUCAAAAAUGACAACGAACCCCAUUUAUGAACACAUUGGAUAUGCCACUUUACUCAGAGAAAAAGUAUCCAGAAGGCUGAGCAGGUCGAAACACGAAUCAAGGAAAACAAGCGUCACAAAUGAGGAACACACAGCGGUAGAAAAGAUCUCCUCCCUGGUUCGAAGGGCUGCCCUCACGCACAACGACAACCACUUCAACUAUGAAAAGACACACAACUUCAAGGUCCACACAUUCCGAGGCCCGCACUGGUGUGAAUACUGUGCCAAUUUCAUGUGGGGACUCAUCGCCCAAGGAGUCCAGUGCUCAGGAUUAAAGUCAGAAGGUCUUUACAGAGUCUCUGGGUUCACUGAACACAUCGAAGACGUCAAAAUGGCAUUUGACAGAGAUGGUGAGAAGGCAGAUAUAUCUGCCAACAACUAUCCAGACAUAAACAUCAUCACUGGAGCCCUUAAACUGUAUUUUAGAGACUUACCGAUUCCUGUCAUCACAUAUGAUACUUAUUCCAAAUUCAUAGAAGCAGCAAAAGUCCCCAAUGCAGAUGAGAGGUUAGAAGCGGUCCAUGAAGUGCUGAUGCUGCUGCCUCCUGCCCACUAUGAGACACUUCGAUACCUAAUGAUCCACCUCAAGAAGGUGACUAUGAAUGAAAAGGACAAUCUCAUGAAUGCAGAAAACCUGGGCAUUGUGUUUGGGCCCACCCUGAUGAGGUCCCCAGAGGACAGCACCCUGACCACCCUCCAUGACAUGCGGUACCAAAAGCUGAUUGUGCAGAUUUUAAUAGAGAACGAAGAUGUUUUGUUUUAAUCCAUCAGGAAAAUGAGCUGAAUGGCCCCAGCCCUGUCACAGCUGAUAAGGCUAAAGGAAUAAAAACAUCUCUUACACUUGAUUUGUUUUUCAAACAAGUGACAGAAUUUCUUGGACUGCAGUAGAUUGCCAAGUCGGGGACUGUGUCUCAUAGACACAGGCUUCCUCCACGUGAGAACAAGGGUGAGGGCAAGAAAAUCCCCUCCCCUCGGGUCUUUUGCCGUGCCUCGUAUGUAUGUCUGUUUUGCUGAAAGGGUGAUUAAUAAAUCUUUCUUUAACUUAUUAAAAAAAAUGUAAAUCUUUAAAGUUCAGUCUUAUCAGUAAUAAAAGGGAACUUAAUUCAUAGAGGUACUUGAUACAGUUAUACAUUUUUCCACUUGCAAAAAGAAGACAAUUCUAUGUUAAAUGUUAAAUGAAACCUAUAUUGUAAAAUGUAUUUUUAUUUUAGCUGCAAGAAUGUUAUUUUAUUUUAGCAAAUAGAACUCAAUGCAGUGCAUUGAUUAUUACCCUGUGUACCUUGUCCUGCGUUCCUGCUGUGAUGGCCCUGAAGAAGUUUACCACGAAUGCAGUAUUAUCUUGACAUACCUCUGUUGUUAGCAGUGCUUUUAAAUGAAAUUUCCCCUGUCACAGGCAUCCCUGCUUUUGAUAAGUUUUUGCUCUUAAGCACUGGCAUUCUCCUGUUGUACAGUAUAUGUUUAUAGCAAUUGUAGGAUGCUCUGAAACAUCCACUUCUUUUCUUUCCAUAAAAACUUUGUGAAUUCCCAAAAUAAUGUUUCACAAUUGGUCAUAGUCUUCCCAUAUCGUGUGUGUGUCCUUGAACGUGCAGAAUGUGGUCAUUUUAUGUACAAUGAUUUGGGGACACUGGAUGGAACUGGGCCAUAUGAAAAGUUAGCAUUUUUCCUCUUUUCUUUUUGGGCAAGCUUUCUGAGUUCGUCUGUUAAUGGCAAGUCAUAAUUUUGCAAUAUAUUUGUAUCUAUGAAAAGUGAAUCUGCAGAAUAAUUGUUUUGUUGAGAUUUUUUUUUUCAUUUUUGUUUUAUAAACAAGCCUAUUUUUAAAAGCAAGAAUUAAUAUGUUUGGUUCUUACCAAAUUUUGUUUCUCCUUGAUAAAAGCAGCUCUGUGUGCAUAAUAAUUUAAUAUGAUUUUAUGACUAUAGUUCCAUUCUACUGAUUAUAUUUAUCUUAGCAUGAGCUUUUCACACCAAGAUUUCUAUAUUUUGUAACAUAGGUUAAAUAUUUAAGACAUCAAAAACUGCAAAUCUAGAUUGGUUUUUAAAAAAAAAAAAAAAAUCCAACUGCAAUGUCUUUUCCUCUGAUUGUCUGAGAUGACCCAUGUAAUUACUCACCUAGUCUUAUGUUGGAGUGACCAGAAGAGAAUUCCUGUGUGUGUUAAGUGGAGCUACAAGGAGGAGUGCAGUUGUUUCCUGGAAAGUCCCAGGGCUGUGGGGAUAGACUCCAUUGGCACCCCGGGGGUCAAACUCCUUCUACUUGGUCCUUGCUAUCAUUGUUCCUCCCAACUGUACAGAUUUGUUUGUUGUAGCUUAUGUACUUCUUGCUACUGUCAAAGAAAUUAUCUGGAAAUGGUUUUAUUUUGUGAAGUGAACAAUACUUUGUAAUUUUUGAUGGCGUAAAUGGAAGGAAAAGCAUUAAAUGUAUUAAAUUCUUCUGUCUACCAUGUUGGAGUAUGCGCAUGAAAGUGGUCUUGGCGAGGGAGGCGCAAAAGAAGAAUUUUGCAAACCUUGUUCCCAAGUAGAAUUUGAAAAUAGAAAUUGUACCGUCCCCAAAACACGAUGAGAAAACAGAAGCAUCCUACAGUCCCCUGGGCACACUGCCCCAUUUCC